UUGGGAUACCCAGGCGAAAAUUCGGGUCAUAUACUAUUCAACACAGCGGGUUUCAACAGUCAACGUCAUUCUCAGGCUGAUAUUACCUGUAAUUGGGAACUCAAUCAUUCCUCAUCCGGUUAACCCACCGAGGAUUUGAUCAAUACGAUCCAGUUGGUAAUCGGCCAACUCAGAAAAAUUCACGUACGCGCGAGAAAUAGAGUCGGAAGUUUUAUAAUCAAAGUUACAUGUCGAUGUCCGACUCUGAUACGUCGUCUCAGGGCAGCGAGUACAAAUGUUUCCGGCAAAUUACACGCGACAGAUUGUUGUACGAAAUGCUUAGAUCUGCCAGAUCAAAGGAUUCAAAAUCAACAUGGAAGGUACUGAUAAUGGACAAACUAACAGUCAAAAUAAUGUCAUAUGCAUGCAAGAUGGCAGAUAUCACAGAAGAAGGAGUUUCUUUGGUGGAAGAUAUUUACAGGAGAAGACAGCCAGUCCCCACAAUGGAUGCCAUAUACUUCAUCCAGCCCACAAAAGAGAAUGUUAUGAUGUUUCUCUCUGACAUGGCUGGGAGAUCACCAUUGUACAAAAAGGCAUUCGUCUUCUUUAGUUCCUCUAUAUCGAAAGAACUUGUUGAUCAGAUAAAGAGGGAUACUAGUGUUCUCUCUCGCAUUGGUGCCUUGAGAGAGAUGAACUUGGAAUACUUUGCCAUAGAUAGUCAGGGUUUUAUAACUGAUAAUGAGAGGGCCCUAGAGGAACUAUUUGGAGAUGAUGAGGGUUCUCUAAGAGGUGAUGCAUGUCUAAGAGUGAUGGCCUCCCGUAUCGCUACAACAUUUGCCUCAUUGCGGGAGUUUCCAUUUGUUCGCUACCGUGCCAUCAAAUCUAUUGACCCGACCACAAUGACUACAUUUCGUGAUUUGGUUCCAACAAAGCUUGCCGCGGCCGUAUGGAAUUGUAUUGUGAAGUAUAAAUCUACACUUUCUCACUUCCCACAAACAGAAACAUGCGAGCUUCUUAUUGUAGAUAGAUCAGUUGAUCAGGUUGCUCCAAUAAUACAUGAGUGGACAUAUGAUGCCAUGUGUCAUGAUUUGCUGGACAUGGAAGGAAAUAAGUAUGUGCAUGAGGUUCCGAGCAAAAUGGGUGGGCUUCCUGAGAAGAAAGAGGUUCUUUUGGAGGAUCAUGACCCUAUCUGGUUAGAGCUCCGACAUGCACAUAUUGCAGAUGCUAGUGAACGCCUACAUGAAAAGAUGACAAAUUUUGUCACAAGAAAUAAAGCUGCACAAAUCCAGCAUGGUUCACGAGAUGGUGGCGAGUUGUCUACACGGGAUUUGCAGAAAAUGGUUCAAGCUCUUCCUCAAUAUAGUGAACAAAUUGAGAAGCUCUCACUCCAUGUGGAUAUUGCUGGAAAGCUGAACAAAAUUAUCAGAGAGUUUGGGCUUAGAGAGCUAGGGCAAUUAGAGCAAAAUCUCGUCUUUGGAGAUGCAGGGACUAAAGAUGUUAUUAAUUUUCUGAGAAUGAAUCAGGAUGUAACUCAUGAAAACAAGUUGCACCGUGAAAACAAGUUGCGCUUGUUAAUGAUAUAUGCAGCAGUUCAUCCUGAAAAAUUCGAAGACGAUAAACUUGUAAAACUAAUGGAGUUAGCAAUGUUACCUCAAGACGAUUUGAAUGCUGUGUACAAUAUGAGGUUGCUGGAGGCUGCAUCGGAAAACAAAAAAAGCUCAAUUGUACCGUUUUCUCUUAAGUUUGAUAUUAAUAAGAAGAAGCAUUCUUCUGCUAGAAAAGACCGCAAAGAUGAAGAGUCGACAUGGCAACUAUCUCGUUUCUUCCCUAUGAUUGAGGAACUUGUUGAAAGAUUGAGUAAAGGGGAUUUACCCCAGGAUGAGUAUCCAUGCAUGAACGAUCCAAGUCCAUCAUUCAAUGGGACCUCCCAGGUUGGUGCAUCGAUGCGACUUAAUAGUGUUCCAGCUCCUCAUUCUAUGAGAUCUAGACGGACUGCAACAUGGGCGCGCCCUCGAGGUUCUGAUGAUGGCUAUUCAAGUGAUUCGAUUCUGAGGCAUGCAUCAAGCGACCUUAAGAAAAUGGGUCAACGCAUUUUUGUGUUUAUAGUUGGUGGGGCUACUAGAUCUGAGUUACGAGUUUGUCACAAAUUAACAACAAAGCUAAAGAGAGAAGUGAUAUUAGGUUCAUCCAGCCUUGAUGAUCCUCCAAAAUUUAUUACGAAACUGAAACUCUUGACUGCCAAUGAUCUAUCUUUGGAUGAUCUGCAAGUCUAAGCUGGUUGCAAGCAUUUGGCCUGUCAUUUCCAUAGGGCAGCAUUUCUAUUGUAUUCAUAUAUAGAUCCUGUCAUCCCAAUUCAUUUUAUGACCUUCCUUUCCAUUAGAUUCGUAAGGCUUACAGUUGUAUACCACUCUGCUGUGUGUAUAAAUAUCCUUCAUGUUGCUUGCCCCUAGAUGAAAGCAUGUGUUAUUGUGUAGAUGUUGAUGUUACAUUUUCUUCUUUCUCUUCCUUAGACUUGGUCUUUGUUUUUUAGCUCUGCACGUUUUUUCAUCUGAUAAGUCUUCUCCUAUUAAGCAUUGCUGGCUUUUUCUGCCUUUUGACUUGGAAGCAUGGAUGAGUGAAUGACUCUCUUUUUGUCAA